AUGCAGAACCUCCCCGGUGGAGGCCGACCACCCCCUGUUCCCCCGGGAUGGGUCGCCGAGUGGAACGGCCAGUACCGCGCAUGGUACUAUGUCAACCUCAGCACAAACGUCUCGCAAUGGGAGGCUCCCAACCCAGCCUCUUCCCCGCCCCCACCAGGCCCUCCCCCUCACCUGAGUGGUGAUGCCGCCCUCGCCGCCAAGCUGCAAGCCGAAGAGGACGCCCGCGCCCACAGAUACAGCCAGCCGCCGCCAUCGCAGCAGGGACAUGGCAUGCCGCCGCCUUACUCGCCAUCCCCGAACUCGCAGGGCCACGGCGGCGGAUACCAGGCCCCGCAGCAGCAGCAGUACGCCGGCAGCGGAUAUCUGCAGCCGGGGCAGUAUGGCCAUCAGCAGUCGCACAGCCCGAGCCCGGGGAUGAGUCCGAACCCAUAUGGCCAGCACAGUCCCAGUCCCGGUCCUGGAGUCAGCCCGGGGCCGUAUGGGCAGCAGCAUGAUCCGCGACAGCAGGGCUAUAACCAGCCGGGGUACUUCCCUGGCCAGCAGCCACCUCCCAAUGGGGCGUACGGCCAGUAUCCCCAGUCUCCCGGUAACUACGGGCAGCAGCAGCCCCAGGGUUCAGGUAGCAGUAAGGCCAGCGGUGGCGGCCUGCUGGGGAAGCUGAUGGGCAAGACCAAGAUCCCCGGCGGGGCGUCGGGCUCUGGCAAGCCUCCCAAGAACAAGAAGAAUAAAUGGGCAAGGCUGCGCUCUCACGAGUAG